GGUGCGUUUCAAACGGGAUAUAUCGCCCUCCGAAGGGCCCAAUUCGGGAAGGGGACACCAUACAAAACGUCUCUCCAAGUAAAGAGAUAUUUCGUUGUUUUUAUUGCUCCUUUUGCCAAGUGAAUUUUAAACGGACACAUUAAGAGGUGAAAUGGCGUUUUCCCUUUGUAGAGUUUACACAUCAAGAGCUUUAUUCUUAGAAGGGAGUAGGGCAUAGGGAUGAUCACUUUGGAAUGGAACGCAGGGAUUGACUAGCGCGUUACAAAACACUUCUCGACCCCGUGGACACUAGUUCAUCAGAACAUGGCAUGGAGGACUUCCUUUAAUCAAUGGACAAAACUAGAUGCGAUUAAUCGAUCUUCACUGUUUUCGAAAAACACAAGAUGUACCUUCCAUCCUCAGCAAAGAUGCGGCUUCCGGAAAGCUCAGCGACAAGUCGAAACAAAGAGGUGUGCUCCAGAGGAGGCAGAUGCAGGAGGAUAUAAAGAUGGUGUGCGGACCCAGCCAAGGGCACCUGUGCCACUCAGGAAACCAGAUCGACUCUUUAGGCCCCUGGUGUUCACCGUGGCGUUUACAGGCUGCUCGUUCGGCGCAGCUGCCAUCUUUCAGUAUGAAUCAGUAAAGUCACGAGUGCAGAUGGCCAUGGAAGAGGAAAAUAAGGAGCAACAGGACGAACUUCUUGAGGCUUGUGACACAACAUACUGGCACAACUGGUGGAAUCAGCUGUCAGAUUUCCAGAAGCAGGUGAUUCUUGUCAUGUCUGGCAUCGAUGAGUGGUGGAGUGGGCUCAGUGAAGGACAGAAGACAGUCACAGGUAUCAUAGCAAUAAACAGUGUGGUAUUGUGUUGUUGGAGAAUACCUUCAAUGCAGCGCACCAUGGUCAAGUACUUCACCUCUAACCCUGCCUCCAGGACACGGUGCUUUCCCAUGGUCCUCUCUUCCUUUAGUCACUACUCUAUCAUUCACAUGAUGGCUAAUAUGUAUGUGCUGUGGACCUUCUCCACUAGCAUUGUCUCCCUACUUGGGAAGGAGCAGUUUCUGGCCCUUUACCUGUCUGGAGGUGUUAUCUCCACAUUCGCCAGUUACGUUUUCAAGACAUCUACGAGACGUCUGGGCCCAUCUCUUGGAGCUUCAGGGGCCAUCAUGACUAUAUUGGCUGCUGUCUGCACCAAGAUACCAGAAGCUAAGCUAGGCAUCAUCUUGCUUCCUGUGGUCAGCUUCAGUGCUGGAAAUGCUUUGAAAGCUGUUGUUGCCAUGGAUACAGCUGGUCUUCUCUUAGGCUGGAGGUUUUUCGACCAUGCGGCCCAUCUCGGGGGUGCUCUGUUCGGAGUAUGGUACACCCUGUAUGGUAAUGAGAUGAUCUGGAGAAAACGUGAGCCACUGGUGAAGUUCUGGCAUGCGUUAAGGAAUGGGUCGCCUGGGAGAGCCCCUCCAGGUGGUGGUGGGGGGCAAGUUUAGAGGGAUAGCAAACUCAUGGGAUAGCAAACUCAUAUAUAUACACUCACCUAAAGGAUUAUUAGGAACACCAUACUAAUACGGUGUUUGACCCCCUUUCGCCUUCAGAACUGCCUUAAUUCUACGUGGCAUUGAUUCAACAAGGUGCUGAAAGCAUUCUUUAGAAAUGUUGGCCCAUAUUGAUAGGAUAGCAUCUUGCAGUUGAUGGAGAUUUGUGGGAUGCACAUCCAGGGCACGAAGCUCCCGUUCCACCACAUCCCAAAGAUGUUCUAUCGGGUUGAGAUCUGGUGACUGUGGGGGCCAUUCUAGUACAGUGAACUCAUUGUCAUGUUCAAGAAACCAAUUUGAAAUGAUUCGAGCUUUGUGACAUGGUGCAUUAUCCUGCUGGAAGUAGCCAUUAGAGGAUGGGUACAUGGUGGUCAUAAAGGGAUGGACAUGGUCAGAAACAAUGCUCAGGUAGGCCGUGGCAUUUAAACGAUGCCCAAUUGGCA